AUGAAGUCUCUCCGCCCGGUGUAUAACUGGAGCAACCCUGUUCAAGUUUACGUGGACCUGUAUGUUACCUCCAUCACAGAUGUGGAUGAAAAAGCCCAAAGCUUCGCAACACAGAUCACACUUGUAUUGGGUUGGAUCAAUGAAUUCACAAGGUGGAACGACAGCGACUUUUGUGGGAUCCAAACAUGUACAAUUGAUAAAGAUAAGAUGUGGAUUCCAGACAUUACCAUUGCCGAAAGCAUCAAAGCAGAAUUUGCAUCUGUUGAUAAUCCUUUUGUAAAGAUUUUCAGUUGGGGUGUUGUAGUCCUGUCCGAAACCUUAGUUUUGACCACCGCCUGCAAGAUGGACCUGUACAAGUUUCCCUUUGAUGUCCAAACAUGCGAGCUGACAGUUCAGUCUUCAAUGAAUUCAAUCGAUGAGCUUACAGUCAAUUCAUUAACUGAUGGCUCAUUUAUGACUGCCAGCUCUAAGAAGUCUUUUCAAACUCAAGGGGAGUGGGAACUCCUCAGUAUUACUGUAUCCAAAUCCAAUACUAGUACUUUUGGAUAUUAUUUGGAUCAGCUGAAAUUUCAGAUCACCAUAAAAAGGAGACCUUUAUUGUAUAUCAUCAACUUCAUAUCACCAGUGUUUUGCUUUCUUGUGUUGGAUGUGGCCUCAUUCUUCAUGAAUUCAGCAAAAGGAGAGAAGCUGGGCUUUAAAGUCACUUUACUUUUGGCGAUUUCUGUGUUACUGCUCAUUCUUAAUGACACGCUGCCCUCUACUGCCAAGGAGGUCCCAUUGAUCGGGGUUUUCUGCAGUGUGAUUUUCAUUCUCAUUGGUAUCAGCAUUCUGGAGAGCAUUCUUGUGGAUUUUCUGAUGGUGAAAGGAGAUCAGAUUGAGGAUUCCACAUCUACUGUUACUGGGAGAAAACAUUGCUGGAGUGUGGAGAAAAAGACUGGACAUACUGUAAGUCACAGUGUUGACAUAGUAUGGAUGAGGCUCAAAACUCUAGCCCAUACUCUAGAGACACAGGUGAAACAGAGAACGCCUGCAGGUCUGUGA